GGAGGAAAGCCAGGCAGUGGUGGUGGAGGGCCAGGCAGUGGAGGUGGAGGGCCAAGCAGUGCUGGUGGAGGAGGAGAGCCAGGCAGUGGUGGUAGAGGAGGAGAGCCAGGCAAUGGUGGUGGAGAGCCAGGCAAUGGUGGUGGAGGGCCAAGCAGUGCUGGUGGAGGAGGAGAGCCAGGCAGUGGUGGUAGAGGAGGAGAGCCAGGCAAUGGUGGUGGAGAGCCAGGCAAUGGUGGUGGAGAGCCAGGCAAUGGUGGUGGAGCGCCAGGCAGUGGUGGUGGAGGAGGAGAGCCAGGCAGUGGUGAUGGAGGAGGAGAGCCAGGCAGUGGUGAUGGAGGAGGAGAGCCAGGUAGUGGUGGUGGAGAGCCAGGCAGUGGUGGAGGAGUACAAGGCAAUGGAGCAGGAGGAGAGCAAGGCAAAGGUGGAGGAGUGCAAUGCAAAGGUGGAGGAGUGCAAGGCAAUGGAGAAGGAGUGCAAGGGAUUGGUGGAGGAGUGCAAGGCAAUGAAGGAGGAGUACAAGGCAAUGGAGGAGGAGUGCAAGGGAUUGGUGGAGGAGUGCAAGGCAAUAAAGGAGGAGUACAAGGCAAUAGAGGAGGAGUACAAGGCAAUAGAGGAGGAGAGCAAGGCAAUGGAGGAGGAGAGCAAGGCAAUGGAGGAGGAGAGCAAGGCAAUGGAGGAGGAGAGCAAGGCAAUGGAGGAGGAGAACAAGGCAAUGGAGGAGGAGAACAAGGCAAUGGAGGAGGAGAACAAGGCAAUGGUGAAGGAGUACAAGGCAAGGGAGGAGGAGGAGAGCCCGGCAGUGGAGGAGGAGGAGAGCCAGGCAGUGGUGGUGGAGGAGGAGAGCCAGGCAGUGGUGGUGGAGGAGGAGAGCCAGGCAGUGGUGGUGGACAGCCAAGCAGUGGUGGUGGAGGAGGAGAACAAGGCAAUGGUUAAGGAGUACAAAGCAAGGGAGGAGGAGGAGUGCAAGGCAAUGGAGGAGUGCAAGGCAAUGGAGGAGGAGUGCAAGGCAAUGGAGAAGGAGUACAAGGCAACAGUGAAAGAGUACAAGGCAAUGGUGAAGGAGUAUAAGGCAAUAGUGAAGGAGUACAAGGCAAGGGAGGAGGAGGACAGCAAGGCAAUGGAGGAGUGCAAGGCAAUGGUGAAGGAGUACAAGGCAAGGGAGGAGGAGGAGAGCAAGGCAAUGGAGGAGGAGGAGAGCAAGGCAAUGGAGGAGGAGUACAAGGCAAUGGUGAAGGAGUACAAGGCAAGGGAGGAGGAGGAGAGCAAGGCAAUGGAGGAGAACAAGGCAAUGGUGAAGGAGUACAAGGCAAGGGAGGAGGAGGAGAGAAAGGCAAUGGAGGAGGAGAACAAGGCAAUGGAGGAGGCGUACAAGGCAAUGGUGAAGGAGUACAAGGCAAGGGAGGAGGAGGAGAGAAAGGCAAUGGAGGAGGAGAACAAGGCAAUGGAGGAGGCAUACAAGGCAAUGGUGAAGGAGUACAAGGCAAGGGAGGAGGAGGAGAGAAAGGCAAUGGAGGAGGAGAAUAAGGCAAUUGAGGAGGAGUAUAAGGCAAUGGAGGAGUACAAGGCAAGGCAAUGGAGGAGAUGAUGCAAGAUGAAUACGCCAAUAGUGGAUGAGAACAUAGUACUGAUAGUCAAAGUUCUAUUUAAAUAUGUAAAUUCUUGUAAAUAAAGCAUUAAAAACGAAGAA